GUGUGCAUUACGGCGCACGCUCUCACUGCGCUUACGCAUUUAUCGUGCUGUCGUUUGUAUAAAUGUAGUUUUGCCUGAAGCGUGAUUAAUAUUGAAUGCUCGUAAUCUUAGUUGUAAUAAAAAAAUGUGCUUGUUCAAAGGAAAAAAAAACAUGCUUGUUUUGUCUAAUAAAAGAAGGAUCAAAGUGUAAGGGUGUUAAAACUGCAUCAGACGCAAGUAGCGAGAUCUAUUUCCGGGCACGAACGAUGGCCGUAUUCGUAUAGGCGUAGCUCAUUUUGAACGAAAACAUGCGCGAGCUCGGCCGCGGGGGCUCACUCGUGGCGGCCACCAUAGCCGCAUUGCACAGUCGAUCGGCCGUCGAUGUGAAACUUGGUUCAAUCAACUCUCGAUCGACCAUCGAAGAGGACUCAAACGUGUCUCGACGAGUGUUCUCUCGAGGAGAAGCUAAGACUGAAGAAUUUUGCUCACGACGGGUAUCCGAAGUAAGCGAGCGUCCCUUGUCUACUGCGUCGGAAACAUCAGAACGUGACUCGGCCUCCGUUAAUUCUAGCGAGGAACCACCCCCACAAGAGAGCGGUGACUCGGAUAGUCCUGAUGAGACGACCGUAAAAUGUUCUACUUGGACGGAACGCGCAGGAAUCCCGACAAGAGCAAAGUCUUCGGACUCCGAUAGUUCCACCACAGCAGAUGAUUCCGAUGAACAUGAAUAUGAAACUGGCGGCUGUGACGCUGAUUACCGGACGCUAACACCAAACAGAGGAUUCGAUAACACGACGCUUCGUGACAACGAUUUCACAUGGAUGCCAAGCGCUGAUACAAUGCAUAAUACAGACGAACCGCCUAUAGCUGGUUCGAAUGUUGUGGACUUUACGGCGGCCAGCUUAGACCGGAGACGUAGAACGCCGGGCGAUCGUAGUGACCGUGACAGAAAAACAAGGUCAUCGUUGACAGCUAAGCCCCCCCAUCAUCCGACAAGUGUGCGCGCUUCGCCGCGUUCUCGCCGCUCUCCUAGAAAUGAAGAAACUCCACCCGAUUUUCAGCGUCGAUGGAAUUCAUAUGAACAUUUUCGUUAUCCCGAAGGAGGAUGGUGGCCACCACCGAUGUGCUGGUGUCAUGGGCCACCUGUUCCUCCGCCUUGCUGUAUGCAUGACCGCAAUUGGCCUUCACACCCAUCUCUCUCAGUAGCCUCGCGUUCGUACAAGAAUGACGCCGAGGACCGCGUGCGUCGCCUGGAAGCGGAUAAGGAGAGCUUACAGCUUCAAGUGCAAGUAUUAUCUGAGCAAGUCGCCGCGCAGACCGAGAAGAUGGCAGACUUGGAACGAUCACUCGACGACACGAGACAACGACUGGACGACACCGAGCAAAGACUACAGAAGGAAAUGCUGCAACGUUCGUCGCUAGAGACCCAGAAACUAGAGCUGUUAUCGAAGUUGAGUGAAGUUCGGCUGCGGGCGGCCGAGCGAGGCCUCGUGGAGCGAUCGCCCCCGCCGGAGUCUACGCCCGUCGCCCGGCCAGCUCCACCCAGGACGCCGCCGGCGAACUACGGUCGGCAGAUCGAGCGCAACACGCACAUGUACUCGUCGCUGCCGCGCUCGUCGGUGCUGAGCUCGGAGGCGCGUGUGGCGUUCGGUAAACACAACAUGGUGGUGGCGCGCGGACGCGGACAAUCGGUGCCGAACUUAGCCGAGAAGGAGGAGGCGAUCCCGCGCGGCAGCCCGUCGCCGUCGCUGCGCGAGGUGCGCAGCCGCCUCGGCGGCGCCGGCGUGCGCCUCGAGGGCGACGAGCUGGCGCGCUCCGCCCUGCGCGCCUCCGUGCCGCGCCCGCGCGCCGCCGACCUGCCCUGGCAAACGACGGACGUCCGCGAGUGGGACUGCGAGACGACGUGCGGCUGGCUGGAGAGCGCGGGGCUGGAGGCCUACGUGCCGGCGGCGCGCGCGUGGCUGCGCGGCGCGGCGCGCGGCGCGCUGCUCGCCGCCGCGCCCGCCGCCGUCGAGCGCCACCUCGCGCUGCGCCACCCGCUGCACAAGAAGAAGAUCGCGCUGGCGCUCGCCGACCUGGCCGGCGGGCACGGCGACCCGCUGCUGGCGGCGGCGGGGCGGCUGGACGGCGCGUGGGCGCUGCGCUGGCUGGAGGACGUGGGCGCGGGCGCGCUGCGCGGCGCGGCGGCCGACGCGGCGCUGGACGCGCGCGUGCUGCACCGCCUCACGCACGCCGAGCUGCACGCGCACCUGCGCGUCACGCUGGCGCUGCACGCGCUGUCCAUCCGCCGCGGCAUCCAGGUGCUGCGCGACAACGCCUUCCACCCGGAGACCAUGAUCCGCCGCGCGGCCGAGGGCGAGGCCGGCGCGGGCGCGGCGCAGCUGGCGCGCUGGUCGUCGCACCGCGUCAUGCAGUGGCUCAAGGAGAUCGACCUCGCCGAGUACGCGCCCAACCUGCGCGGCGCGGGCGUGCACGGCGGGCUGAUGUUGCUGGAGCCCCGGUUCACGGCGGAGCUGUUGGCCGCGUUGCUCAACAUCCCCGCGAGUAAAACCUUGCUCCGCCGGCAUCUCACGCAGAGGUUCAACGACUUGCUCGGGCGAGAUGUUAUACAGCAAAAGAGAAACGCGGAACAAACACUGGGAUAUCAACCACUCACAGCUACUACCAAAUACAAGGUACCAAAGAAGAGCCAGUUCUCGUUAAAGCGCAAGAAGAGCAAAGACGACCUCGACCUCGGCGACCUCGUGUGUCCUCUGCACGACGACUGCUCAGGUGACCUUAUGGCCUCGCCCACGAUGAAAGUAAAGUCAGCAACAGCGGGCGUCGCGUCGGCUGUCUGUCCCCCGCGUGACGACGCGCGCGCCCACUAGUGGGCCGCCGCCGCCCACGCCGCCCACGCCUCGGUACCUUGGACUAAUUGUAAGUCGUUCAUUUGUUUGCCUUACAAUUUUCGUUUCGAUAUUUUAUUUGAAUAUAUUUAAAGUAUUUUUGUAAUAUUUUCAAUAUACAACAAAAGCGAGAGUAAUCAUUGAAAACGUACUUGUUGUGUGUGAGCUUUAAAUUCGAUUUAUCAAUUGUAUUUUAGUAAUGUUUUAUUUAAUUUGGCGUCACGAUGUGGGUGCUACCUGUACUUUUAAUAAUGAAAAUGUAUAUUUUAGAUUCGUAUAAGAGUCCGAGGUAUUAUUUCUGUUUAACGAACCAAAAACUAUUUCAUGUGUUCUAUUGGAUUUUAGCUUUAAGAAGAAACUAAUUUAAAUGUAUGUAAAUCGGGAAACACGAACGGUAAUCAUAUUUUGUAAAGGUGCGUUUCCAUUAAAUUAGUUGGCAAUUUUUGUAUGAAAAUGUUAUUCGGAAAGUUCAGUCUUCUAUUUCUAUUUUAUCAACACCUUAAUAUUUUGAGACGUCGACGUCUAAAUACUCCAUCCCAAUGAGAUUUAUUGAGUCAACAAUUAUUUAUUAUUAUAUUUCAAAUUGCAAACCUUCGUUUACAUAUUUUUUGACCACGCGAGACAUACAAAACUUGCCAAUUCGUUUUAUGGACACAGCCUAACUUUAAAAAUUUUGAUAGUUUUUGUCAAAUUAUUGUAAUAAUUUGCGACCCGGUUAUAAUUUCGGAGAUCUUUAUUAAGACAUUCCAAUAUAUCUAGAUAUGGAAUUUAAACAAAGGUUGACUUUUUAAUUUGUCUGACCUAUUCCAACCACAGGAGGAGUAAAGACAAAUAAACAAAUUUGAAUUGAUAUUAUAUCAUUGGUCGAGAUCUAGAAUAAUCUAUGGAUUCGCGAAAAAUGGCGUUUUGAAUGUUGGCGAAGUUUUAGAAACUUUGAAAGCAAAUUAAAGUUGAUUUUAGUAGUUUAAUGGAAUCGUGUUGUAUUAUAAAUAAAGAUAUUUAUUAUACAUACGGAACUGUUGUAGUGCAUAUUAUAGCAGAGCUAUUUAGCAAGUUUGGUUUGUUUAUCAUUACUCCUCCUUCGAUUGGAAUAAUGGUGUACCUUUCUCCUCGUGGACAAAUAUUCCGAUGAUAUUUUACGUUCUAUGGUACUCUUGAGUAAUGAUUAAUAAUUAAAUAUAAAACGACUGAGAAAUGACAAUACAUACCAGGUAUCAUUUCUGCCGCUUAUGUUUCGAAAGUAAAUUAUUAUAAUAAAUUCUAAGGUUUAAGUAUUAAAGUCUGUUACGGUAGCCCAGAUAUAGAAUAGGACGAGAUACGCGUUGAGUUUUCUGAGAGUUUUCAUUGUUAGUAUUUAAAUGUGUACCUAUUUAUAUAUAACAUAAAAUUAGUACAUUGUAAAAUAUAAUAACAAUAUAUCCGACUCAGCCCUACAUCGCACAAUAUAUAGUGUUCAGAGUACAGCAUUUACCGAGGGUUCCGUACAAAAUAUUUGGACCAUAACAAUGUUAUAAAAGUAUUUUUAGCUUUUAUAAUGUAUAAUCAUAAUGUCGUAGAAAAGUUUUAAACUUUAAGAAUUCACGGUCCAAUUUUUUUUUAUUUUUUAAGCAAUGUCAUAAAUUAUAGUUGGCGAGAAAAAUUGUAAAAAUGUUAGUCUUAUACCAAAUUUUGGAUACGUUUUACUUAAGACUGUAUUAUGAUCCGUGAUCCCGUUCCUACCACGCUGUGCCAAAACUUAUAUGAAUGUUUUAAUGCGCCUCCUCGGGUGCAAGCGCCCUUUUAGAAUUAAAUCUCUUCUCGAUUGAAUAGUGUACGGCAAUGUUUGGUUUCAUUACCACUAGUUGAACAUCGGUUCAAUUCUAAAAGGGCGCGCUGUAUAAUUUCACCUUUAUAAUGGACCCUUGUCUUCCAUAGCUUCGUAAUCGAUAAGAGUGCUAAGUAUUAAAGGGCGGGAAGGUGUCCCGCCAAUAAUCAUAUAAGCAGCUCGUUUAUACAAAAAUGUAUUAAAAUAAUUUUUACAAUAACUUAAAUAAAUAUAAAAUGUAAGAGUUAAUAAAUACUGAAUGAAUGAAUACA